UAGAAGUAGUUUAACUAGCUAACGUCACUGUCCAUCAAAUGUAUGACUGUUGCACCUUACGCUAUUGAACAAAUGCAGAGGCUAUUCGAAGCUGUUUAGCUAAGCAAAAUCGAAAUAAGUUUGAAUUGUGGCAUGUCAUUCAAUCACAUUUCUACCCAUAGGUAAGGUAGUGAAUUUAGCCUGCCAGGAGUACAAAAUGUAAAAUAUAUUCUCUUAAUUUUUAGCUAGCUGGCUACAAAAAUGGCUGACUCGGCUUCUAGCUAGCAGGUAGUUAACGUUCGCUAGUGAGUGCACUCUACCGUAAAUAAAACAUUAUUGUCCACAUUAUCGUUACGUUAGUUACUAACUAAUGAAUGUCUAACCGAAAAGCGGUUUUGGCAAACUAUUACCUUAACGUUAGCUGACUGGCUAUUAAUUCAAACAACUCCUAUCGUUGCGAUUAGCUAACGUUAGCUAAUAAAAAGCUUGUGUCGAUAGGCAGAACGAACUAGCAUGUUGCGUGCUAACUUUAGGACAAACAACAUGCUAGCUAGCCAUCUGUCAAGCUUGCCAAGCAACCAUCUUGACUGAAAUUGCGACAAGUCAUUCGUUCAAUUACUUUCUGUCUUUGUAAAGAUGCAGGGAAGCAAUUGCUGAACAUCCCAAAGAAACCUUCUAGAAGACUUCAUCUCCCACACAUAGGAGCUGAUAUCAUGGCAAUGGAUGCGGCUGUGAUGGGUGCCAACGGAGAGAUGAAGGUUUUCUACAACCAGAACCUCAGUCCCAGCAAAGGUGUCCUGUCCCUGGUGACAGUCCACCCACAGUCUCUCUCUGUGGGGAAACAACUGCUUCCCAAAACCCUGGGGCCCUCCAACGUCAACAUCGCCCCGCACAUGGUGAUGGGUACUCCUCAGAGGCCCAGUGGGUCAGGCGGGUUAGUGAUGGGCAGCCCUCACACACCCAGUACCCAGUACAGACCACAGAGCCAUCCCCCUGAUGCCUCUCCCUGGUCCACCGGGAAGCGUGGUACUGGUAAGAAGGGGGAUAAGAACGGGAAGGGGCUUAGGCAUUUCUCCAUGAAGGUGUGUGAGAAGGUGCAGAAGAAGGGAGUAACUACCUACAAUGAGGUGGCUGACGAGCUCGUGGCAGAGUUCAGCGCCAACGACACCCUCCUCUCGCCCGGCGACUCGCAUUCCUACGACCAGAAGAACAUCCGACGCCGUGUGUACGAUGCACUCAACGUGCUCAUGGCCAUGAACAUCAUCUCUAAAGAGAAGAAAGAGAUCAGGUGGAUCGGCCUGCCCACCAACUCAGCCCAGGAGUGUCAGAGCCUGGAGGUGGAGAGACAGAGACGACUAGAGAGGAUCAAACAGAAACAGUCUCAGCUUCAGGAACUCAUUCUACAGCAAAUAGCGUUCAAGCGCCUGGUGCAGCGUAAUCGUGCAGCGGAGCAGCAAGCGGGCAGGGCUCCACCCCCAAACUCUGUCAUCAACCUGCCCUUCAUCAUCAUCAACACCUCCAAGAGGACCGUCAUCGACUGCAGCAUCUCCAACGACAAGUUUGAGUACCUGUUCAACUUUGACAACAUGUUUGAGAUCCAUGAUGACAUUGAGGUAUUGAAGAGAAUGGGGCUGGCCUGUGGUCUGGAGGUGGGCCACUGUUCACCAGAGGACCUGAAGGAAGCCCGCACCCUGGUGCCCAGAGCCCUGGAGCCCUAUGUUACAGAAAUGGCCACGGGUCCAAUAAGCAACGUCUACAUCACAGGAGCCUCAUCUACAAACGGAGGAGGACGCCGUCACACAAGUAGUGCCGAUGGCACAGUGGCGUCCAUUUCCAACGACUCACACUACAGCGGCUCGCAAGGCCACACUCCCGUGUCCUACAUGGCAGAUGAGGAAGAGGAUGACGAAGACUACGACGACAAUGAUUAAAUCAGUCAUUUCUCACUCAACCAACUCUAACAGCCCAGUCUGAUGACUAACCAGCUGUGUUCCAAAUGGCUUCCUAUUCCCAAUAUACUGAACUACUUUUGACCACGGCCAUAUUGGCACAGAGGUAGUGCACUGUAUAGGGAAUAGUGCCAUUUGGAAUGCAUGCAGCCCAUGUCCCAUGAACAAGUCUCUCCCUUCCUCCAGCUCCAUCUCAGGCCUUCCCUCCACCCCACCAAGCUAUCUACGAGGAGGCCCCUGCUUCUCCUUCCUCAGCUGCCCUCAGAAUGCACAGAGCUCACCAAUGCAAUUGCCUUCUGGGAAACGUAGUCUUUGCUGCCACGGACACUGUGACUGUAUAAUGCCUUUUGUGGGAAUUAAUUUAUUUUCUUCUCCUUCUGAAGCUGUGAUUACUAUGAGUGUAAGCUCCACAAUGUGCUCCUCUUUAGCCCGCCUCCCCGUUACAGGUAGUGGGAGCUUUCUCAUGCCAAACUAGUUUUGUUCUUGAGUGAACUGAUACACGGCCAGAGAAAGAUUCCCUCCAGAAACCUGAGAUCUGCCUUGUGUGUAUUACAGUAUUUAACAUUAUGAACAGUAGUGGUGUCAGUCAUUGACAUGACAGUGAAAUUACUUCCUAUACAGCUCCUAGGGGAGAGAGUGUGUGUGUGUGUUUUGUACUUUACUUAUUUGUAGUAAUAUUUUCUUAUUUUGUGUGUGUGUGUGACUUCCUUCUGGCAGCUAUUUUCAAGAUUGGUCAGAAUGUGUGUUUUUGGAUGUUCACUUGGCCCAGUGUGUCACUGUGUAUACCUACAGACCGUAGAGGACAGAUGUCCAUGUGUGUGACGGUAGAGGACACAAGGCCACCCAUCCCCUCUCAAAGCAAGGUGACCAUGUUCAGAAUCUCAGAAACGGAGUCAAGAGAACGUUGUUCGUUUUGUCUCGAGGCAGCCCAAAACGUACCAAAAUGUUUCUAAAUAUCUCAAUGCUCUACCUAAUGAACGACACCCAGAGUGAAGUAGCUGCGUAUUAUCAAUGAACUGAACUUUGGGGAGGAUGGAGCCAUUCAUAGGGUUGAAACAAGCUCAAGACUUCAGGAUUGUGUCAAAAGCCAAAAUAGGGGAGUCCACUACGAUGACCCCCCCCCCCCC